CCCAUAUAUAUAUAAGAAAUCAAUUUUAGAAAGAGAAAAAACCGAGAGACUGACAAAAAGGGGAUUUAGGGUUAGGGUUUUGGAAGCUGUUCACUUAAUUGGCUCACUGCAAUGGAGGAGAUUACUGAGGGUGUGAACAACAUCAUCAUCGCAGAUUCACACAAGAAGAACCGAAUUCAGGUCUCGAAUACCAAAAAGCCCCUCUUUUUCUAUGUUAAUCUUGCCAAGAGGUAUAUGCAACAGUACAAUGAGGUGGAGCUCUCUGCUUUAGGAAUGGCUAUUGCCACUGUUGUUACAAUUGCAGAAAUUCUGAAAAACAAUGGGCUGGCCGUUGAGAAGAAAAUCAUGACAUCGACUGUUGACAUAAAGGAUGAUUCUAGAGGGAGACCAGUCCAGAAAGCCAAGGUAUUUGAAGUUUUAUUUCUAUUAAAAUGUGUUUUGAAUCUUAUCUUGAAAUAUGUUUAGCUUAGAUCUGUUAAA